AUUAUUUGAAUCUGUACGUGCUCUAUACGAAAUCUGUCUGCAAAAAAAAAUAAUACACCCCGACAAUCGACGCGGCUCACAAGCACGUUUUCACGCCUCAUCACCGGCAUCUGAGCUUGUAUGCGCCCUCACUUCACCGAGCUGCCUCGUAGUCAAGUUGUUGAAGCUCAAGUUGUCGCUUCUACUUUUUGUUGGCCCGCGCGCUUAGCUUGACGAACGAAUCAGCGACCUCGAUACAACGUGAUGGAACUCGACACGUCACCCUCUUCGACUGUUGUGGUCGAUGGCACUGAAUACGUCGUCCUGUCCGAAGGCCAGGCAGAAGUUUUGUAUCCCAAAGGCAACACUGUUUUUUAUAACCCAGUCCAGGAAUUCAAUCGUGAUGUCUCGGUUAUGAUGCUUCGCUUGUUCCAAGAGCACUGGCGAGAAAAAGCGCCUCAAAAACCGUUUCGAGUGCUCGAAGUAUUUUCAGCUACAGGGCUUCGGGCGAUUCGCUAUGCCAAGGAACUAGACCAGUACGAUUGGAUCAUGGCGAACGAUUUGGAUGUAACGGCAACAGAGGCGAUUGCUAGGAAUCGGGCUCAUAAUAAAUUGGAUCCCAGUAAAUUGCCCAUAAGCCAAUUGGACGCUUCGUUUUUAAUGCAGAAGAUUAGCCACCAAGAACGACUCCACUCAACAACUGCCAAGCAGGAGCUAGAAGAAUUCCAGGGCUUCUCUACGAAUCUGAACCCUAUCGCCGUUAUAGACCUCGACCCGUAUGGAAGCUCGGCUCCGUUUAUGGAUGCUGCGGUGGGUUGCAUCGCAAAUAAUGGGUUGCUUGCUCUUACUUGCACGGAUCUGGCCGUUUUGUGCGGCAAUUAUGCAGAGUCUUGCUUCGCCAAGUAUGGCUCUAUGCCGCCGAAACGCACUCAGUAUUGUCACGAAUUGGCCCUGCGUAUCGUUUUGGGUAGCCUUUCGAUGCACGCAGCCAGACAUCACCGUGCAAUUGUACCGUUGGUAUCGUUCUUUGCUGACUUUUAUGUUCGUAUCUUCGUCCAAGUCGUCCGAUGUGGUGGCGAACUUCAAAGAGUACCAAGUCGCCUCGGAUACGUAUAUCAAUGUGCAUCUUGCCACGCUUGGAAUACCCAGCCUGUAGGUCACUGUGUAUCAUCUGAUCGCAAGCCUCCAAACAAUCUGCAUUUUCAUCAGGCCAACGCACCCACUGUGCCAUCUCGAUGCGAACACUGCGACGGUUGUUGGAAGAUGAGCGGCCAAAUAUGGCUCGAUCCCAUUCACCAAAAAGAUUGGAUUGCCAGAGCUUUAGAACACCUGGAAUCUAAUUCCUCUAUGUAUCAUACUGCCCCUAGAAUGAGGGGAAUGUUCACCUGUAUGCAAGAAGAGCUGAAUAUCCCUUUCUACUACUCUCUCAGUCAGCUAUCUAAUAUGUUGCAUCUUCAAACACCCAAACUCGACUCUGUUCUCUCGGCCCUCAUCCGACAGAACUACGAGGUAUCCGGGACGCAUUGUCAGCCGGGCGCCUUCAAAACCACCGCCCCCUAUUCGGCCGUUUUAGAUGUCAUGCGAUCAUGGCAUCUUUUGACACCUGCCAAACUAGCGAAUAUGUCUGUUAAUUCUCCCGCGUACAAAAUUUUGUCUGUACCACCUAAGCAAGUGGCAAACUUCGACAUCGUAGAACAGCUCAAAAAGGCAAGGCACACCGCAAAGCAGGAAAAAAUACUCAGGUACAUGCACCCUCCACCUUACUGGGGACCAGCUACAAGGGCGCGGAAAAGAAGGUACUCCCCUACAGAAGACAAAAGUCAAAACACGUCACCCUUGUCUCACACGGUUUUAGAAGAAUGACAACUUAAGUUCACACAAAAUUCUGUCAAAAUAAUAGCAGAUGAGCAUGACAGGUCGAAUUAUGUCUUUUUCCUCCUUAUUGGCAAGCAAAGCCUCUCCAUUCUUCAGCCUGUCCUCCUUGCAUCAAGUAGGAAUGGAUUUUAGCGCCUGCUGUUUGUCCUGAUUUGCACUCUUUUGUGCAUUUGAAGCGUUCCUCCUUCCCUUUCCUCUUCUGCCUUGAUCAGUUGCCCGGCGAGGAUGCAGUGUAUUUCACUUGGUGCAUCACUUGGCGUUUCGAAAAGAUCACUAACCCCUCAUAGCUUGCACUGCACUGCUCCAAACUCCUGUCGAGGAGAGGGCGUCGAACUGCAUUCUGAGCCCCAUGGGACGAGUGAGCCCAACUCAUGCGUGUCGGUAGGUGACGAGCUCGCAAAAAAUGUAGUGUCAAGGCCUGUACAUAUGUUGUGUUUUUGGAAUUGGAAGCUCAAGCGGGCUUCUUUGAGUCGUAAAAAUGGAAACUUUAUGAGGACUAGGAGAUCUGAAGGGCUGAUUUAUGGAGGGAAGAGCGCCUGGAUGUUUAGGGUGAAGAGGACAGCUGGCCAUAUGAUGAAGCUGUUCAAGCGGGCUUAAGUGGCGAAAGGUGUGUGCAAACAGACUGACUCGUAAUUUUUUAGAGACAGGACAGGAGCUUAAUAAACAUAUGCGACACAGAAAAAAAAACGAUCAUGGGGGAUUAGUUCAGGAUGGAGGAAAUGUUAGAUUAGCGAAU